GAGGAGGAAGGCGGCAGCAGCAGCUCUCGGGAGGAGCCUGUCCAGCGUGAGACAGCACAUUCAGCCGGCGGCGGCGGUCCUGCCGCAGCGGCGGGCGGCACGGCACGGCACGGCUCAGCACGGCUCGGCUCAGCACGGCGCAGCUGCCAGUCUCGGCCAUUCAGUCAGCGAGGCAUCCCUCCUCUCCCCCGGCGGCGAGGGCUCAGUGAGGGCUGCGCGGCACCGGGAGCCCCUCCACAUCUCCCGGGCGCCGGCGGAGCAGAGUCAAAAUGUCAGACAAAAGUGAUUUAAAAGCAGAACUUGAGCGCAAAAAGCAACGUUUGGCUCAGAUAAGAGAAGAAAAGAAACGGAAGGAGGAAGAACGGAAGAAGAAAGAGGCUGAUCUACAGCAAAAGAAGGAGCCAGCUCAGGAAGAUUCUGACCUAGACCGUAAAAGAAGAGAGACAGAAGCUUUGUUACAGAGCAUUGGUAUAUCUCCAGAACCACCUCUAGUGCAGUCGCUGCAUGUGUUAACAUGGGAUACCUGUUAUUUUCAUUAUUUAGUCCCAACCCCUAUGUCUCCCUCUUCGAAAUCAGUGAGCACACCCAGUGACGCAGGCAGCCAGGACUCAGGGGAUCUGGGACCCAUAGGAAGGACCUUGCAAUGGGACACAGACCCCUCAGUGCUGCAACUUCAGUCUGACUCUGAACUUGGACGCAGACUGCACAAACUAGGGGUGUCAAAGAUUACCCAGGUUGAUUUCUUACCUCGGGAGGUGGUAUCAUACUCCAAGGAGACGCAGACACCUCUUGCCACACAUCAAUCUGAAGAGGAUGAAGAUGACGAAGAGAUGGUGGAGCCAAAAGCACAGGAUGACUUGGAGAUGGAAAGUCAGGACCAGAAGCAGGAAGUGAAAGAAGCUCCUCCUAGAGAACUGACAGAAGAAGAGAAACAACAAGUUCUCCAUUCAGAAGAAUUCCUGAUAUUUUUUGAUCGGACAAUACGUGUAAUUGAGCGAGCUUUGGCUGAAGAUUCAGAUAUCUUCUUUGACUAUAGCGGCAGAGAUGUAGAAGAAAAAGAUGGAGAUGUUCAAGCAGGAGCCAAUCUUUCCUUCAAUCGACAAUUUUAUGAUGAGCACUGGUCAAAGCAUCGUGUUGUCACCUGUAUGGAUUGGUCUCUUCAGUACCCUGAGUUGAUGGUUGCAUCUUAUAACAAUAAUGAAGAUGCUCCACAUGAGCCUGAUGGGGUAGCCUUAGUAUGGAACAUGAAGUUCAAGAAAACCACACCAGAAUAUGUGUUCCAUUGUCAGUCCUCUGUGAUGUCAGUCUGUUUUGCCCGCUUUCACCCAAACCUUGUCGUUGGUGGAACAUAUUCUGGCCAGAUUGUCUUGUGGGAUAAUCGCAGUCACAGGCGCACUCCAGUUCAGAGAACUCCCUUAUCUGCUGCUGCUCACACGCAUCCUGUGUAUUGUGUGAAUGUAGUUGGGACACAGAAUGCGCACAAUCUCAUUACUGUCUCUACGGAUGGCAAAAUGUGCUCCUGGAGCCUGGACAUGCUCUCAACUCCACAGGAGAGCAUGGAGCUUGUGUACAAUAAGUCCAAACCAGUGGCGGUUACAGGAAUGGCUUUUCCAACUGGAGAUGUCAAUAACUUUGUCGUUGGCAGUGAAGAGGGAACAGUCUACACAGCUUGUCGUCAUGGAAGUAAAGCUGGCAUUGGUGAAAUUUUUGAAGGCCACCAAGGACCUGUCACAGGAAUCAAUUGUCACAUGGCAGUGGGUCCAAUUGACUUUUCUCAUCUCUUUGUCACAUCAUCAUUUGACUGGACAGUCAAAUUGUGGACCACAAAGCACAACAAGCCGCUCUACUCCUUUGAAGACAAUGCCGACUAUGUCUACGAUGUCAUGUGGUCGCCAGUGCAUCCCGCGCUCUUCGCCUGCGUGGACGGGAUGGGGCGCCUGGAUCUGUGGAACCUGAAUAACGACACCGAGGUUCCCACAGCCAGCGUCACCAUAGAAGGAGCCUCUGCCCUCAACCGUGUCCGCUGGGCCCAGGCUGGGAAGGAGGUAGCAGUUGGUGAUUCAGAAGGCCGCAUAUGGAUCUAUGAUGUUGGAGAGGUCACAUUCUGCUUGCGCUCUGGCUGUUCCACACAACGACGAGUGGACCCGCUUUGCUCGGACCUUGGUGGAAAUCCGUGCCAACCGAGCAGACAGUGAAGAGGAAGGGGCAGUGGAGCUGUCAGCCUAGAGGAAGAGGAGCUGCAGCGCCUGCCACCGCCAGAACAGCAGCUUUCACCCGCUGAGUACACCGGUGUUCAGUGUCAGAGUCUGUCUUGCUGUGGCUUUUGAUGCCAGUGUACAUGCCAGUAUUGCUCAAAGCAUUCUAUAUUAAUCACACUGCUUUACACAAGGCUGAAAAUAUCCAGAGCAUUUUCAUACUUUAUAUUUCUGUCUGAAAAGUAAGAAAGAAAAGACAAAUCAACCCUUUAUGGGUUUAGUUGUUGCCUUUUAACUACUUAGUAGCUGUAUUUAAUAGCUAGGAACCCCUGGUUAAACUUGUGCUCACAUUGCCCUUCUGGCAUAGUCCUAUUAAAUCCAUAUGAAGCCAGAUAUGAUUAUGUGCAGAUGUGGUGUGCUUCACUGUAUGGGACUGGGCCAAAGACUUUAGAUGUGGUGUUUCACAUGGUGACUUACAUUAUGAAUGGAUGUACUAUACGAAAGUUGCUGCUCCUUAUUUAUUGCGGUGUGCUGCAUGGAACAUAUUUAUUUGAAAGCAUUAAAAUAAACGAUCCUAAAGCAUGUGCAUAAUGAGAGAACUGCAUUGUCUGUGUGCUGCUGUAGAGGUUACAUUAAAGUCCACGUAACAAUUACAGUACAUCAGUUGUGCUUAAGAUAUAAGAUCUAUAAAGGUUGGCUUGAGUGGAUGGAAUGAGUUUCCUUUCCUUUUUUUUUUUUUAAGAUGCCUAUUAUUUCUAGGCACUUUAACUAUAUUUCAAAUACAGUUGGUCACUGAUACUUGUCAUGCAAGUUAACACUAACAGUCUGACUAAGGGUUGUGGUUCCUGAAUAUGACACUAGUAUUUGCCAAUAAAAUGUAUCAGGCCUGUUC